GGAAGAUGGCGAACGUGCAGCUGGAGUUCCAGGCCAGCGCCGGGGAGGCGGAUCCGCAGAGCCGCCCGCUGCUCGUGCUGGGCCAGCUGCACAACUUGCAUCGCCUGCCCUGGGCCCAGCUGCGGGGCAAGCUGCAGCCACGGGUCAGCGAGGAGAUAUGGCAGGCUGCAUUAAGCACUCUGAAUCCAAAUCCCACCGACAACUGUCCCCUCUACUUGAACUAUGCCACCGUAGCUGCUUUACCUUCCAGGGUUAGCAGACACAAUAGCCCAUCUGCAGCUCACUUCAUCACCCGCCUUGUUCGAAACUGUCUUCCAGGAGGCAUCAACAGAUGUAUUGUUAUGGUAUGUGAGCGCUCUGAAGUCUUUGCCUCAGCUUGUGCGCUAGCCAGGGCAUUCCCACUGUUCACGCACCGAUCCAGUGCAUCUAGGCGCACAGAGAAGAAAACUGUAAUUGUGGAGUUUUUCCUGGUUGGACAGAACAAUGGGCCCAUAGAAGUGGCAACCCUUAACUGUUUGGCAAGUGCUACAGAAGGAGUGAGGCUGGCUGCUCGCAUUGUGGACACCCCAUGCAAUGAGAUGAACACUAACAGCUUCCUGGAGGAAAUCAAAAAAGUUGGCAAGGAUCUUGGGAUUGUUCCAACCAUUAUUCGUGAUGAGGAGCUGAAUGAGAAGGGAUUUGGAGGUAUCUAUGGAGUUGGCAAAGCAGCUGUGCAUCCACCUGCCCUAGCAGUACUCAGCCACACCCCGGAUGGUGCUACACAAACCAUUGCAUGGGUUGGGAAAGGUAUUGUGUAUGACACUGGAGGCCUCAGCAUUAAGGGAAAGACAACUAUGCCUGGCAUGAAACGUGACUGUGGUGGAGCAGCUGCUGUUUUGGGUGCCUUCAAAGCCACGGUAAAGCAAGGCUUUAAAGACAAUCUUCAUGCUGUUUUUUGCUUGGCUGAAAAUUCUGUUGGGCCUAAUGCAACAAGACCUGAUGACAUCCAUGUCCUUUACUCGGGAAAAACUGUGGAAAUCAACAAUACUGAUGCAGAGGGCAGGCUGGUGUUGGCUGAUGGAGUAGCGUACGCGUGCAAGGAUCUUGGUGCUGAUAUCAUUCUGGACAUGGCCACUCUCACCGGAGCUCAGGGAAUUGCCACAGGGAAAUACCAUGCUGCUGUCCUCACCAAUAAUGAAGAUUGGGAGAAGGCCUGUGUUAUCGCUGGCAGGAACUGCGGAGACCUGGUCCAUCCUCUUGUGUAUUGUCCUGAGCUCCAUUUUAGUGAAUUUACCUCUGCUGUAGCUGAUAUGAAGAACUCUGUGGCAGACAGAGACAAUACUCCAAGCUCCUGUGCUGGGCUCUUUAUCGCUUCUCACAUUGGUUUCGAUUGGUCUGGUGUCUGGGUCCAUAUAGACAUUGCAGCACCUGUCCAUGCGCAACAUGUGCAUUCCUAACCCAGCUAAGGGCCUUCUACAGAGUUAGGAACUGAGUACAUAAAACGUGCCAUGGGGAUAACUGAUUUAGCCCAAUAUCCUUUCAUGGUGGUUGUACAGUGUUUGCUUUGUUGUGUCUCUUCCCGAUUGGCUUGUCUGGACUGCCUGUCAAAUUUCUGUGGGGCUCUGUCUGCUCCCCCAAUGCCUCAGCAGAUAUUUGCACACUCAUUCUUUUCUUGCUAACCAACUAGAAGCUUUGCUUUUUAAAAAACAAAACAAAAUUGUGCAGCUGGAUUUUCCUCUCUGGUAUUGAAUUGUGGAUUCUCUGCUGAGAGAGGGGUUAGGAUAAAUAGAACACAGUAAUUGUCAGUCUCUCUCUGUUCAAAAUCAAUUGCACUCUGUCUCCUACUAAACUACAGUAAAGUGCAAACUUCCCCCACUCACCAAUAUUGGCCGAAACUUAACCCACAGAGUACAGUUCCAGAGAAAGAGAGGAGGCUUCUCUUACAGAGUAACCAUGUACUACUUCCAACUCAUCUGUAGAUCAGUUUCAUAGAAUGCAUUCUUGCUUUGAUGUUAACAAUCAUUGUAAAGGAUGUUGUGCUGUGUUCAUUUGUAUUAUUACAGAGCAGACUGGAAUUUCUGCAUUAGUAGUGUGCAUGUUUCUAGACAUCUGCAUAGCUUAAAGUAUUAGUAUGGCUUCUCCAUUUUUCUCCUUUGUGUGUGGUGCCUGCUUAUUUAGCACUUUUUUCAGCAGGAUUCGUCAGAAAUGCCUGCCUGCGAGCACACUGCCAGCUUCUUCAGAGUUCUUCUGCCAAGGGCAACAUAAAAGGUGGGAUUUUCCAAAGCAGCUAAGGGAGUUGGACAUCUCACUCCCAUAGGCACUUUGGAAAAUGCCACCCCAAGAAUGUGCGCAGACUCACGGGUCAGCUCUCUGCCUGGAUGUGCCAAUUACAUCCUGCUUGGAAAAGAGUGAGGAUGAGUGCAACACCCAAGUGAUAUUAAAAUCUGAAGUGUAACCAUUU